AUGCAGCCUCCAAUGUGCUCAGAAGAAUGGCUGUCAUCUCUGCACCCAGAGCUCUUCUAUGGCCUCCGGAAGCUACAGACCUUGCAUUUACGGUCCAACUCCCUGCGGACUAUCCCAGUACGCCUGUUCUGGGACUGUCGUAGUCUGGAGUUUCUGGAUUUGAGCACAAACCGUUUGCGAAGUUUGGCUCGCAAUGGAUUUGCAGGAUUAAUCAAACUGAGAGAGCUUCACCUAGAGCACAACCAGCUGACGAAGAUUAAUUUUGCUCAUUUCCUACGGCUAAGCAGUCUGCACACGCUCUUCUUACAAUGGAACAAAAUUAGCAACUUGACAUGUGGGAUGGAGUGGACCUGGGGCACUUUAGAAAAGCUAGACCUGACUGGAAAUGAAAUAAAAGCCAUCGACCUGACAGUGUUUGAAACGAUGCCUAAUCUUAAAAUACUCCUCAUGGAUAACAACAAGUUAAACAGCCUUGAUUCCAAGAUCUUAAACUCCCUGAGAUCCCUCACAACCGUUGGCCUCUCUGGCAAUCUGUGGGAAUGCAGCCCUCGAAUAUGUGCUUUGGCCUCCUGGCUGGGCAGUUUCCAAGGUCGGUGGGAGCAUUCCAUCCUAUGCCACAGCCCUGACCACACCCAAGGAGAGGAUAUACUAGAUGCAGUCCACGGAUUUCAGCUCUGCUGGAAUUUAUCAACCACUGUCACCGCCAUGGCUACAACUUAUAAAGAUCCAACCACUGAAUAUACAAAAAGAAUAAGCUCAUCAAGUUACCAUGUGGGAGACAAAGAAAUCCCAACUACUGCGGGCAUAGCAGUUACUACUGAGGAACACUUUCCCGAACCAGACAAUGCCAUCUUCACUCAGCGGGUAAUUACAGGAACAAUGGCUUUAUUGUUUUCUUUCUUUUUUAUUAUUUUUAUAGUGUUCAUCUCCAGGAAGUGCUGCCCUCCCACUUUAAGAAGAAUUAGGCAGUGCUCAAUGAUUCAGAACCACAGGCAGCUCCGAUCCCAAACACGACUCCAUAUGUCAAACAUGUCAGACCAAGGACCAUAUAAUGAAUAUGAACCCACCCAUGAAGGACCCUUCAUCAUCAUUAAUGGUUAUGGACAGUGCAAGUGUCAGCAGCUGCCAUACAAAGAAUGUGAAGUAUAA